AUGGCUAGCCGGCCACCCUCUCCCUCCGCUGAGAAAGCAGAAAAAAAGACGGACCUGAAAGAUGGGGAUAGCGGUCGGCAUGCCUUGAAUGGGCCUGAGACCAACCCUGUCGCUGUCCAGGCCGAGAAUGCCUCACAUGGUGAGGGCCACAAAGAACUUCGCACCAACGGCAAACGCGAACUUAUGGAAGACGAAUGCUACGACAAGCUGGGGUUUUGUUUCCCGUGGUACCGCAAGUGGACUAUAUUGACAGUCAUCUUCGCAGUCCAAAUGUCAAUGAACUUCAACACAGGUGUCUAUUCAAACGCAGUCACGGGCCUGGUAGAGGAGUUCAAUAUCAGUGAGCAGGCAGCCCGGGUGGGCCAAAUGAUUUUUCUGGUCGCCUAUGCUUUCGGGUGCGAGCUCUGGGCCCCCUGGAGUGAGGAAUUUGGUCGCUGGCCGAUCAUGCAGCUCAGUCUUUUCCUAGUCAACAUCUGGCAGAUCCCCUGCGCCUUGGCCCCGAAUUUCGGUACCAUUGUUGUCUGUCGGUUCCUGGGGGGUCUUAGUUCGGCUGGUGGCUCGGUGACCCUGGGUAUGACGGCUGAUAUGUGGGAAGCAGACGACCAGGGCUAUGCAGUCGCCUAUGUCGUCUUGUCUUCUGUGGGUGGUUCCACGAUUGGGCCGGUAUUUGGUGGAUUCAUCGGUCAAUACCUCUCCUGGCACUGGGUUUUCUGGGUUCAAUUGAUUUUCGGAGGUGUCACCCAGAUCCUGCAUUUCUUUUUGGUCCCUGAAACUCGUGCUACCAUCCUCAUUGACCGCGAAGCCAAGCGUCGGCGCAAGAACGGUGAGGAUGUCUGGGGCCCCGAUGAACUCAAGACCCCUCGUCUGGACGCAAAGGACGUCCUGCGGAUCUGGCGUCGGCCGUUUGAGAUGUUUCUGCGGGAGCCGAUCGUCCUGUUCCUUUCCCUUUUGUCUGGAUUCUCCGAUGCUUUAAUCUUUAUCUUCACCGAAUCUUUCACGCUGGUGUUUGAGCAGUGGAACUUCAACACCAUGGAGAUUGGAUUAACUUUUGUGGCCAUUCUUAUCGGAUAUAUCAUUGCAUAUCUUAUCUUCUUGCCUGAUGUAAGACGCCAAAUGAAGAUCCGAAAAACCCAUGGCAAUGGCGCUCGUUUGGCUGAGCGUCGUCUUCUUCUCCUACUCUUUAUUGCGCCGCUCGAACCGAUUGGUCUGCUUGGUUUCGCGUGGACAUCAAUGGGACCGGCCUACACGCCGUGGAUUGCUCCAUGCAUAUUCGCAACCAUGAUUGCGAUGGCCAAUUACGGUAUCUAUAUGGCUACGAUUGAUUACAUGGUGGCCGCCUACGGUCCAUAUUCGGCCUCCGCAACCGGCGGCAAUGGUUUUGCUCGGGAUUUCCUCGCCGGUAUUGCAAGCAUGUAUGCAACCCCAAUGUACACCAACAUCGGCGGUGAGCGCCAUCUGCAGUGGGCCAGCACCAUUCUGGGCUGUAUUGCCUUCUUGGUCAUGAUUCCACUCUACGUUUUCUACUGGAAGGGGCCGGAAAUCCGCAGGAGAAGCAAAUUCGCGCAGACCUUGGAGGCAGACCGACAGCUUCACGCGGGCCGCCGGGCAAGCCAGCUGCGACCAAACGAGGAACCAUAUGGUGCUUCACCAUGA